AUGUACCUCACGCGUCAGCUCAGAUUGCUGCCAAAGGCCAGCAUUGGACGGAGCAUAGCUACCAGCAGCACACAUUACACAACCACCACAGGCGCUGCACCGGCAGCGGAGCACAUUGAAGUCCCCAAUCGCAUAGAACGCUCGCCCACGGACAUACUAAAAGCAUUGGCCAGCACCGUCGGACGCGACCACACGGCGGCCCAUUACAAGUACCACGAUGAUCCGUUCCUGAUACCCAUGUCAAAUAUGGCAAAGCGCACAUACGCCAUGUCGAAGGAGGCUGGGCGUAAGGCUGCCAAAUGGAUAAAAGAAGAGCACCAUGAACUAUUUUUGCACCAAGAAGCUCAACCGGCCAUUGAAAAAUUCGCCCCCAGCAUGGUUUACACUGAAGAGUCCGAGGUGGACGAGAGUUCUCUCGGGCAACUGAUUGAGCAGGGAGAGCUUAAGGACGCCGUGCUUGUGUACAACCUGAUGGAACAGAAGGGAAUCGCCCUCAGUUCUGAGUUAAAGCAAAGUCUUUUAGAACUUGUGUGCUUCCACAAUAAUCAGGACCCACUACCAGAGGAGUACAUUGAGGAACGGUGGUUUCUCGAAAACAACCGACGACGUGAGCGACACGGAAAGACGUGGAAGGACGGCGACCUGGCUGAGAAGCUGUAUGCCGAAAUUGAACCAAAGACGCCCAAGACUUACGCUUCCCUCAUUCGUGGCAUGGCCAAGUAUUUGCAGUGUGAGCGGGCAUACGCCCUGCUUCAGGAGGCUGGCGAAAAGCAAAUUCAAUUGGACACAAACACUUUUAAUUCGAUUAUCCAAAUCAUCAGCUUUCUAAAGGACAAUGCCGAACAGAGAUGGCAACUGUGCACCGAGCUGCUGCAGCAAAUGUCGGAGCAGAAAUUGCGACCCAAUUUAGGCACAUUGAAUGCCAUUCUCCAGUGCAUUAGCACUUUUGGCAACUUCAAACUUGCCCGCACGUCGGCCCUCAAAGUUCUGCCAGAGUUCAAGCAACUUGGUGUUAACCCGAGCCUAGGCACCUACUAUUAUCUGCUGAUCAUCUUCUGCCGCGAGCGCGGUCCAGUGUCCCAUGUUAUAGUGGACAUACUGAACGAGAUUGCAGGCAGGGAGUUCAGGGUUGAGCAUCCCAAGGACACGUACUUCUUUGCCACUGCCAUGGAUGUGUGCCGCAAUCAUUUAAAUGACAAGUCGCUGGCCAAGAAAGUGAACGAGCUGCUGCAUACCGGCAACAACUACGAUUUGAUAGGCGAUUCGUUUAAAGAGUCUAUCUAUUACCGCAAUUAUCUGGCCCUACUCUGCCAGACUGAAUCGAUAGAGGACUUUAUGCUGACCUACGACCUGCUGGUGCCCAACAUCUACAUACCCGAGCCCGGCAUCAUGGAGGAAGUACUCCGGACCAUUGAGAUCAACGCCGCAGUCGAACACGUGCCUCGCAUCUGGUCCGACAUGGUUGUGUUCGACCACACGCACCGCGAAAGCCUUUUGCUAUAUGUCCUGCGAAUUAUGGUGGACAAUCGACCAAAUGCGGACACGCCCGCCCAUUUCCAGCUCCCGGAGCAAUGUGCCAAGGUGGCUCUGGGCAUGUACAACAAGAUCGAGGAGUCGGUGAGGCGGAUCAAAAAGGUCUCGUUCACUGGACAAAUGCUUGGCGACAUUCUAACACUGCUCGUCCGGGGCGACAACUACGAGAAGGCCAGCGAAGUGUUCUCCCACAUUGACAAAAAUCAGCAUCGCAUUCCCGGCACACCCGCCGAGAGCGCAUUACAAGAGUAUGUGGAGGCCUCGGUCCAGGAGAAAGCGCCCAGCCAGGCCUUGGCUGUCCUCCAGUAUGCUGUCGAAAACAAUAUGGAGUCGAGUGUCCUCGCCAACCUCAUCCACGAUGGUUUUACGUUGAACGAAACGCAUCUAGCCAAGCUGAAGUCACUAGUCGGCGAAAGUUUCCUUGAAAAGUAAUUAACUUUAUUGUAGAGAUUCGUUUGUAAUUGAUAUAAACACAAUUGUUAAAUAAAUGCCUUGGGAUGUGCUAAAUUAAU